CCGCCGCUUGGUGUCUCUGCUGCAGCGGUAGGCGACGCCAGGGCUCCGCUGUGUUUACCGGUGGUAGCGGCGGCGAUGGGUGAGACGGAGACCGGGGGCGAAGCUGCAGUAGCAGCGGAGAGGCCGGGGCCUCCAGCCGAGGAGCCAGUGCUGUGGAGCCCCGAGGUGGAAGUCUGCCUCUUCCAUGCCAUGCUCGGGCAUAAGCCCGUAGGGGUGAACAGACACUUCCACAUGAUCUGCAUCCGGGACAAGUUCAGCCAGAAUAUUGGCCGUCAGAUUUCAUCGAAAGUCAUCUGGGAUCACCUCCGCACCAUGUACGAUAUGCAGGCUUUGCAUGAAUCUGAGAUCCUCCCAUUCCCAAACUCUGAGAAGAACUUUAUACUUCCCGAGGAGAUCAUCCAGGAGGUGAAGGAAGGUAAAGUAACCACAGAGGAUGAUGUGAAAGAAGAAGGCAAGGAAGACGUGGAUGUCCAUUCCGUCUCAGAUGAAGGAAAGAGCGCGGACAAACCGAGCGCCAAGGAGAAAGAAAGAACCCUGUCCGAAUCGGGCUCCAAAGAGCCGGGCGACAAAAGGAAGAGGAACCGUCAGACGGAGAAAGUUGUCAAUGCCAGCAGUAAUCCAUCUAGUCCCAACGCCAACAAGAGGAGGCGCACGUAGGC